AUGCGCCUCGCUGCUAAAGCAGCAACUAUUGCUGCUAAGGCGGCGAAGGCACCUGCUGUUGCCAUAGCGGCAAACCUGGCAAGAACAACCGCUCGUAGGACGGCAGCGGGAGCGAUUGCGGUACGCCAGAGCGCUGGACUGAACUGCCUCACGAUCCCUCGGCUUUUAGAGCAUCCUCGAGCAGCGGGGAAUUCACCAGCACGUUUGCGCAGCAGGCUUUUUCACGCAGCAGUCGCAGACGUUGCAGUGUCUCCAGCCGCAUCGGCGGCAGAAAAAACACCGGCAGCAGAAGACGCGCCAGAGCUGGCUGCACACUUCUUUUCAAGAGUCAAAUUUGUAUCUCCUGAGAAAGCGUCUCGAGCUGCUGCGGCUGCUGUUGCAGCUGCAGCAACAGCAGAAGCAGGAGGAACUGCUGAAGCAGCUGCCGCUCCUGCAGCCAGGAGAUAUUGUUGCCUUGCUUCUCGGAAUUACAUCGACCCUAGAGACUCUCCGCGAAGACCUCUUGCGCGUCGUCGUGCAACAUGGGCAGCAGCAGGGCGAGCAGCAGCAGCGCAGUCUGCUGCAGCAGCAGCUGCUGCACCACCCCCGCCACAGCCUCGGGGCGCUCCUGCUGCUGCUGCUGCUGCUGCUGCUGCUGCUGCUGCUGCUGCUGCUGCUGCUGCUGCUGCUUCUGCGUGGGUUCACGGGGCCUUGAGUCUCAGCUGCUUUGGCCUGCGGAUCCGAGGUUGGCGGGCGCUGGGGAGGCGGCAGCGGCACCCCACGAGGGAGGCAGCAGCCAAACCCACGCUGUCUGAUCCUCAGAAGCUGCGAGGAGGGCGUAGCCUCGAGGAUGGAAAGCCAAGGCUGCAAUGCCCUCGGACGGCCCUUUCAGCUCCUCCAGCAACACCGCCUUUGCUGCUGCCUUGUCUGUUCACACCCAUGCUGCAAAUUGUAUCGCCUGCUGCUUCGCAAGAUGCGAGCAGGUACCGCCUGCGGCUCUCCAGCAGCUGCGGGUGCAGCAGUAGCUCCUUCGGAACAUCAUCUGGUUGCAGUGCGCUGGCUUCUACUUCUUCAUCGUCAGAAGAAGCCUCCUCACCCACGGCCUCCUCCAGGCGUUCAUCGUGCAGCUGCUGCACAUCGAUGAGCGAACCGUCUGGCCCUUCUGCCAUCCACCGACACCCCGGAGGAGGCUUGGGGAAGUCCGAUGUUGCAGCCGUUACUUCAUCUUUGUUGCGCCGGGGCAUCUCUGAGAGGGGCCCUACCCGCAUGCGCGCAGAGAGGGCAAUUGCUGCUGCCCAGCCAUAG